UGAAAGUGAAUGAACGAGUGAGAGAGGACGGUUGGAGUUGCCUUGGUGCGAAAACAAAGUGUGGAAUGAAUGCCGCGUCCUGGCGUUAACCCGCUGCCACCCCCGCCCGAACAGACACUGGUUCUACCACCGCCACCGCCACAAACUGUUCUCCACUACUGACACUCCAGGAGAGGAUGGGGCGGCAAAAAGUCUCCGGGUCGGAAGCCACUUUUGCUCUCGGGCAUUUCGUGCCGCGGGGAUCUUUAGAAGCUGAAGAAGGGUUUUAAAAAAACAACAUCGAGCCAGCAAUGCCAUCGGUUGGGAUGGAGAUGUAAGCGGCAUCACUGAGACAUUAGCGGGUGACCUGGCUGAGCGGGGCUGUCGUGUGCGUAUUUAUAGACCCAAGGUCCAAGCCAAUGUUGACAUGCCAAUACGGAGGGAUGCGUUCAUUUUAAACUAUUUAUAAAUGCAUUUCUGCAUUUUUACUGUCCGCUUCCUGGCUCCCUUUGUCGCCAUAAACUGAGUUUACUGGAACCGACUUGGCAGGCGAGAUGGCAGGUUUCCUGCUCUCUCUGCUACUACAGAUCCAGGUAGGAUUCGUCUUGGGAUCCAGCUACGGGCUGGGCGGACGCUCCGCGCAACAGAGAGGGAAAGUGGGCAAAUAUGAAAAGCAGUCCGUUUACAACAGGGAAAGCAACACCCACGACUCCCCGAGAGCAUCAAAUGCGAUGAAGUCUUUGGAAAGCGGCGGCGGCGGCGGCAGCGGCAGUACACAUCAGCAAUAUGACAGCCUGCCCACUCCUGUCUGGGCUUUCCUUCAUACUGGGGAUCCUGCCAAGCUCGGCUAUUCUAACUGUACCAAGAGGUACCAAUUGUCGAAUUUAAAAGCGGUCUCCGAUGCCCUGAACAUCCACCCGUCACUCCACAGUGCCAUGGACACAGUGGUGCACGCCACCAAUUUUCUUAACAUGAUCCUUCAAACUAACGGGGUGCGGGAGGUGACAAUCAAGGAAGACAUUGAGUGGUAUCAUGCGCUGGUGAGAAGCAUUCUGGAGGGCGACCCCAAAGUCCAUCGGGCGGUGGUGACUUUCGAUGUCCAGCCCUUCACUUCCCCUCCCCAAGUCUUUCUGCAGGCCACCCGGAUAGACAAUCAGAUCUUGCUUCAAGACCUCUCUCGCCACACUCGGCACCUUAUCAACCUCACUGCCGAGACCGAGUGGUUUAACCGGCUGAAACACCAGCGAUCGCCCGCUUCCUAUCUCCACAGGAGGCUGCUGAGGGACGAUCUGAGGACCGUGCACCCCUCCAUGCGCAAGAAGAGCAUGAGAUACCUGGUGGAUAAGACUCACAUCAAGUGGUCGGCGCCGUACUUGGAGUGCGAGCAUGGCAAAUACAAUCCGCUGUGGCUGCUCACGCUCUCCACCUCAUUUUACGGACUUAAGCCGGAUUUUCAGCCCGAGUUUAGGGGUGUGGUGAGAGUUGACAUAAAUCUCCAGAAUGUGGACAUUGACCAGUGUUCAAGUGAAGGAUGGUUUGGAGGAACACACAAAUGCAGACUAAACAGCACUAAGUGUAUUUCACCAAAAGGCCGAGGUUUCAUGCUGGGACUGUAUGACUGUCCUUGUCGAUCUGGAUUCUAUCGUCCCAAUGCUGUCUCACAGAAAAGCUUUGAUGGAAAGUUUAAAGAGCACGCCAUUGUGCAGAGCCAGCAUGGAAGUGUGUAUGAAUGCCUCCCGUGCAGGAACGGAUGCAGCUCAUGUCAGGACGACAGCCCCUGCCAUGCAGAGGUGGACAAGUACCUGCGGAUUGCCAUUAUCGCAUUCCAAACGUUCUGCAUGUUGUUGGAUUUCAUCGCUAUGCUGGUGGUCUACAACUUCCGCAGGUGCAAGAGCAUCAGAGCAUCAGGACUGGUGUUGUUGGAAACGAUUCUCUUUGGAGCUUUACUCCUGUAUUUUCCAGUUGUUAUACUCUACUUUCAGCCAAGCAUAUUCAGAUGUAUUCUUCUACGAUGGGUUCGUCUUUUGGGCUUUGCAAUUGUUUAUGGAACUGUUACUCUCAAGUUGUACAGAGUGUUGAAGGUUUUCCUGUCCCGGACGGCACAACGAAUCCCUUACAUGACCAGCUGGAGAGUGGUGAGGAUGUUGGGAAUCAUUUUACUGAUAGUUUGCUGGUUUCUGAUUUCGUGGACAUCUGCGGUGUGUGAGAAUUUGGACAGGAAUGUUUCACUGAUCGUCCAGGGACAGACUGCAGAUGGCUUGAAGUUCAACAUGUGCCUGGUGGACCGCUGGGACUACAUGAUGGCCAUUGCUGAAUUUCUCUUCCUCCUCUGGGGGGUCUAUCUAUGCUAUGCAGUGCGGACAGUGCCAUCAGCAUUCCAUGAACCACGCUACAUGGCUGUAGCUAUCCAUAAUGAACUCAUUAUCUCUGCUGUAUUCUAUACCAUCAGGUUUACAUUGGCAUCAAGCCUCCACAGUGACUGGAUGCUCAUGCUGUUCUUUGUUCACACUCACCUGACCGUGACUGUCACCCUGGGCUUGCUUCUCAUCCCUAAGUUUCUUCAAGCGGGCAUCAACCCCAGGGAUGACAUAGCAACAGAGGCCUACGAAGAUGAGUUGGACAUGGGCCGAUCAGGGUCCUACUUGAACAGCAGCAUUACCUCGGCCUGGAGUGAGCACAGCCUGGAUCCUGAUGAUAUCAGGGAUGAGCUGAAGAAACUGUAUGCGCAGCUAGAGAUCUACAAAAGGAAAAAGAUGACAACCAACAACCCCCACCUGCAAAAGAAGAGAAGCUCCAAGAAAGGCUUGGGGCGAUCGAUAAUGAGGCGGAUCACUGAGAUCCCAGAGACAGUGAGCAGGCAGUGCAGCCGGGACGACAAGGAGCACAUGGACCCUGCUUUGGCCAGAAACAGCAUCAGCAUUGGUAGGAGGAACCCAUUUGAUCCCACUGGGUCUAGUCUGAAAGCCAAAGAAGACUCCAUGAAAAAUAAAGCAUUGCUGUUGCAGAAAUCUCUCAGCAGCUAUGACCACAUGAGAGACCAAGGUGAAGAUUCGAGCAUCUCUGACGCAGACAGAAUAGAUGUUUCCAGCACAGAAGCUGGACUGCUUGAUUCCCUAAUGGGGCAGAAGUUGGUCAAAAAGGCGGAUGAUCUUUCCACAGAAUCGGUCCCUCUCGUCUGCAAGUCUGCCAGCGCACAUAACUUAAGCUCAGAUAAGAAACCCUUGCACCGAAGAACAGCCAUGUUACAGAAAUCUCUCAGUGUCAUGGCCAGCGCAAAGGAAAAGACCUUGGGAAUAACAGGCAAGGCGCAGAGCAUGGAGGAGCACACAAGGGCAAUUAAAGUUCAGCAGAGAAGUAAAAACACCAACAAAGGCCAUGCCUCAAUGGAUAACAAUGAAAUGGGAACAGCCCAACCAAAAAAUUCCUUGAGCCACUCUCUGACAACUGAGGAAUCAAAAAGAGCCCCAAAAGCUGGAAUUAUGAAACAACCUCCUGACAGUCAAUCUAUAGGGAGUCCCGAUGCAACAAACCCUUUACUGAGCGAUGAAUUUGACAGAGCUGAGGUCUGUCCAUGGGAACUCCAAGAUCAGCCUGCUACUCCUUCAGAAUCAAGAGUUCAAAAGCAUGUGUCUAUUGCACCAGUGGAAUCCCAAAAUAUUCACAGCUCCCAUCCCAAUGUGAACGCCAACAAACACAAGAAGGUGGAGAAUAUUACCAAAUCAAAUCAGACGUCACAAGGUAACACUGAGAGAGCUGAAGUGUGUCACUGGGACCUUGAGGAGCCACAAUCAACCCUGGAAGAAGGUAGGAAAUCUGUAACUCACCAGCCUGAAAAUAUUUCCAUUGAAAAAGAUAUCCACACAAACAAUGUCGGCAAGGUUAUUGAAGUUUGCCCCUGGGACUUCAGUGAAAUGGCGAGCGAUGCCUCAGAGAAAAGUCAGUAUGUGAAAGGGGAGGACAAGAAAGGAGACGCCUUGGGAGAUGAACAGGAGAAAGGGCCCAUGCCAGAGUUCUUAACAUCAAGCGGCAGCCAGCAGCAACUUUCUAUUAAUAGAGCGAAUGUUUGUCCUUGGGAGUUCGAACCAUCAGAGUCACCAGAGUCCGAGAAAAGCUCAGCAUCCACCGCCUCAGCCUUAUUAUUAAGCAGCAUUCCCCAGAAGAAGUCAACCGUGAAAGGGUUUGGGAUAUCUGUCAAAACCUUGGUUUCCGUCGGAAGAGGCAAGGAACCAGAGAAAGCAAAAGAGAAAAAAGAAGAGAAAGUGAGAAUGAAAGGUAAAUACAAGGAAAAGGACACAAAAGAUAAAAUGCCAGAAAUAACAGUGGACAAAUUGCCUGUGGCUGAAAGAUGUCCCAGGGAAGUCAAAAUAACCCCUGGCUCUGCAACCGGAAAGGGCAAAAACGCAAGCGACAAUGAGGAAGGAAAGGAGAAAAGCAAACGUGCCGACGUGUGUCCUUGGGAUAUGGGGGAGGGCAGUUCCCCUCAACAUGCCACAGGAGGAAGCGCAGUCACAAUUAAGGACAAUAAAAAUUCACGUGACGUAGAUGUGGACACGUCAAAACUGGCCUCAAUCUGCCCUUGGGAUUUUGAUGAUCAGAAAGAUGUGUGACAAUAAAUCUGAUCAACUGGCUCCUGAACAGUGACAGUUUUCAUAUCAUCAAACUAAGAAUCCCAUAUCAUUGAAUUUUAUUAAAAGGACACAUAGAAACAGUGAAAGCAGGAUUGAAGUUAAGAAUUGGUACAAUGGUCUUCAUUUCCUCAAUUUUCUUUCAUCAGCAUCCAAUCCAACAAGAACAUAUUUUGUCAGGUGCCCAUGCAUUCUGGAAUGCUGUAGUAUUUAGACAACACCUGUGUGGCAAAACCACUCUAAUUUAUGCAAUGGUUAUGUACUGUUACACCAAGCUGAAGCAACUAGGAUAACUAAUGGGAGCUACUUUCUUUCUGUUUGUUACUGAACAACAUAACAAUAGUGAGCUUAGACCUGGCCCUCAAGCCAUUACCUUUUCUGGGAACACUAUUAUCUUCAAUGUGAUCUAUAUUGCAAGCCCUUUGUUUUAAUUAGUAUUCAUAAAUUCUGAUAUACUCCCUGGGAAUCAUAGUUUGAUAUUAACAGCUCUUUAAAUUUUUUUAAUAUGAAUCAGUAAUUUCCCGUGGUUUCUUGCCCCCUC